AUGCUGAUCCAGUCUGAAAAAUAUUUAUGCAAACUGAUAGACGCGAUUCGGCUAAAUAAAAGACAAAAUUCCAAAAUACAAAAUCUCUCUCUCUCUCUCUCUCUCUUUUUUCACUCUAUCUGUAUCACUCUCUCUCACAGUCUUUUUUCACUUCCUCUCACUUUCUCUCAUUCUGUCUCGUUUUUACUCUCUCUUAAUUUCACUCUCUCUUUCUCUCUCUCUCUCUCAAUUUCUCCCAUUCUCUCUCUCUCUCUCACUUUCUCCCAUUCUCUCUCUCUCUCACACUUUCUCCCAUUCUCUCUCUCUCUCUCAAUUUCUCCCAUUCUCUCUCUCUCUCACACUUUCUCCCAUUCUCUCUCUCUCUCUCUCUCUCUCUCUCUCAAUUUCUCCCGUUCUCUCUCUCUCACACUUUCUCCCAUUCUCUCUCUCUCUCUCAAUUUCUCCCAUUCUCUCUCUCUCUCUUUCUCCCAUUCUCUCUCUCUCUCUCACUUUCUCCCAUUCUCUCUCUCUCUUCUUUCUCCAUUCUCUCUCUCUCUCUCUCCCAUUCUCUCUCUCUCACACACUUUCUCCCAUUCUCUCUCUCUCUCUCAAUUUCUCCCAUUCUCUCUCUCUCUCUCUCUCAAUUUCUCCCAUUCUCUCUCUAUCUCACACUUUCUCCCAUCCUCUCUCUCUUUCUCUCUCUCUCUCAAUCUAACUCUCUUACUCACAUACACACUCUCUCAUCGAAUCGAACGGAAUGUGACACACGAUCAAGUUUAA